CAAUUCCUGCUAUCUAUAUUUACUUUACCAGCUGGUAGAGCUCAAUUUCAGCUAUCUAUAUUUACUUUACCAGCUGAUAGAGCUCAAUUCCUGCUAUUUAAAUUUACUUUACCAGCUGAUAGAUCUCAAUUUAAGCUAUCUAUAUUUACUUUACCAGCUGGUAGUGCUCAAUUACAGCUAUCUAUAUUUACUUUACCAGCUGAUAGAGCUCAAUUUCAGCUAUCUAUAUUUACUUUACCAGCUGAUAGAGCUCAAUUUCAGCUAGCUAUCUAUAUUUAUUUUAUCAGCUGA